CUGGUGACACCGCGCGGCGCGGGCCUUUGGGGACCCGAGGCGGGGGGUGGGGCGGCGCGUGCGCACAAGGCCGCGGCGGGAAGUUGGAACUCGGGGGCAGGGCCGCGGGGCUCCGGGACAGCCCCCGCAUGGACGCGGCUGCCCACCUGGCGCGGCAGCUUCGGGCAGCGUUGCGGGAGGAGGAGCCGCGGGCCGUGGAGGAACUGCUGAACCGCGGCGCCGACCCUAACCUGCUGCUCGCGGAUGGCGCGGCAGCCCUGCACCUGGCGGCCGGAGCCCGGCACCCGCGCGGUCUGCGCUGUCUCGAAGUCCUGCUGCGCCGAGGCGGGGACGCCAACGCUCGUUCGGUCGAGGCACUGACGCCGCUGCACGUGGCUGCCGCCUGGGGCUGUCGCCGUGGCCUGGAGCUACUGCUGGGCCAAGGAGCGGACCCCGCGCUGCGAGACCAGGACGGACUGCGACCGCUGGACCUGGCAAAGCAGCAGGGGCACCAGGAUUGCGCCCGCGUCCUUCGGCAGUUCCAGACUCAGACCAAGACCUCGACCCGGACCCGGGCAGAGAGCCAGGAGCCGGAGCCUGAGCCCGAGGCUGACGGCCCAGAUCCCAGAGGAAAGGGGCUGGACGCCAGGCCCUCUGGACCUCCCAAUGUGACGCCGGGCUCCAUAGCACUGGGCAGCAGUGCUGGCAGGGACAUGGGCCUGGAGGCCAGCCCCAGACUCCCCAGCCUCCUUGCCCCCCCUGAGAUUGCUGACGAGGAUAGUGGCUUGGAGUCCCCCCCAGGACAAUGGGACUACAGCUCAGAUACCUCCUUUGUCACUGCAAUUGAAGAUUCUGGAACUGAAGACCCAGCCCCGCAUACCACCUCCUGGGCUGGGUCAUUAUCCCAGGCCAAGCAGGGACUCCUGCCUGGUAUUCCACCUUCCCAGAGGAUGCCAAGGUCUCCAGGUACCCCACAGCUGGUACAUCGAGCUGCCAGGGCAGACAGGGAGGCAGAACUAAAUACCUGUCUGCGGGCCCUGAGUCUGACCUCUCCAGAUGCCUCCCCCUCCCCCAUAUCCCUCCCUGAUGGGAGCCCUGCCCAAAGCCCCCCUCGGGAACCACCGCCUGGACGCCCCGACUCCCCCUUCCUCAAAGACGAAGAGGUGUCCCUCGACAGUGAUGUGGCUGCCCUCUGGCUGACGGAGGAUGAGGCGAGCUCCACAGGUGGCAGGGACCCUGUUCCUUCUUGCUCGUGCCCUCCGGUCCCUGCCGUGUCUGACCUGGAUCUGCUGCGAGGGCUCCGAGCACUUGGUGAGAGCCCCGGCCCCAUCACACGCUUCACUCGGCCAUACCACCUCCGACGGCUGGAAGAAGCCCGUGCUGCUCCUGACUUUUCAGGGCACAGCCCAGAGCUGGCCGAAGCCCUGCGGACAGGCUGUAUCCCAGAUGCCCAGACAGAUGAGGAUGUGCUUGCCCAGCAGUUCGAGCGGCCAGAUCCCAAGAGAAGGUGGCGGGAGGGAGUCACGAAGUCCAGUUUCACGUAUCUACUGUUGGACCCCAGGGAGACUCAGGACCUGCCAGCCCGAGCCUUCUCACUGACCCCGGCUGAACGCCUUCGGACCUUUGUCCGUGCCAUCUUCUAUGUGGGGAAAGGGACACGGGCCCGGCCAGACGUUCACCUCUGGGAGGCCCUCAGGCUCCGUCGGCAGCCAGGAAAGCAGGCCUGCCCCAAAGUGCGCCAGAUCUCGGACAUUUGGGCCAGUGGUCGUGGUGUGGUCUCCCUGCAUUGCUUCCAACACGUGGUAGCUGUGGAGGCUUAUACUCGAGAGGCGUGUCUUGUGGAUGCUCUAGGGAUCCGGAUGCUGACCAACCAGAAACAAGGCCACUGCUACGGAGUUGUGGCAGGCUGGCCGGCCAGCCGGCGCCGCCGCUUGGGGGUGCAUUUGCUGCACCGCGCCCUCCUUGUCUUCUUGGCUGAGGGUGAGCGAGAGCUGCGGCCCCAGGACAUCCAGGCACGUGGCUGAGUCCUGGGGAGAAGGGCCUCCGGCCUGAGUAGAGAUCGGGGUGUUUGCAUGUGGUGGCGGCCCCCUGUUGAAGGCAGCCUCCCCGCUCCAGAAGGCUGCCAGGGGUGAGGGGUAGCCCGCAGCACACGGUGUAUCUUCUCCCAAGCUGAGGGAGGACUUUGUUACAGAUGGAACUUCUGGAGCUUCCCGACAUGGGAGAACAAGUAGGGAACCAGAGGAUCUUUGGAACAUUCCAGUGCUUCAGAACAUGCUAGUGCUUUGACAGGUUGGGCCUGUCUGUGUAAUCCACUUUUAUCUCCCAGACGCAGGGGACUCACAUGUAGGAUGGGCCGGGGAGCAACGGCCAAACUCAAGAGCCAGAUUUCUCUGCUUCCCAGCUGUGGGACCUUGGACCACUAACUUGUGUCUCUGAGGCUCAGUUUCCUUGGUUGUGCAGUGGGGACAGUGACAAGUCCUACCUCAGGGAGGGUCAUGGUGGAGACGGGAGUAAACAAAGGCAGGAAAUACAGUGUGUGGCUCAGAGCCCCGCAGGUGGAAAAUCUCUUGGGGAAGGGAGGUGCCGUGAUGCUGUCGAGGGGAAUACUGUGUGGUGACAUGUGGGCAGAACCCGGGAGGUCGACUGGGGUAUGGGUGAGCGACCAGCCCUCUUCAGGAUAGCUGUGCAACAGGGCUCUCGAUUGCUUCUCUGAGACUGUUUCUUCCACUAUAAGAUGCAAUAAAUAACCGCAAUUUCCUGGUGAUGCUGUGCGAUUUCAGACUUCACAUAUGUGAAGAGCUUCAGUAAAUGCCAAGCUGCCAUCCUGGUGAGGUGUUGACGGGAUCAUUUUAUUUUCUGGAAGUUGCUUCUUCAAAGCAUUUAGUGUAUUUAGAGAUUUGGGCGGAUCCGCCGCCUCAUUGGGUUGACCAUCUGCCCAUCAUCAUGGCUUAGUGAACCAAGUCCUGCG